UUAUUAAUAUAUUUUUUUACAAAUAUAUUUUAUAUUUUAUUUAUAAUUCAUAUAUUUAAUUGAAUCGAACUCGAGUCAAACCGAUCAUGAGCUUUUGUCAAUAUUUAGUGACUAGAUUCUAGCCGAACUCGAGCCUAUCUAACUGUUUACGAGCCGAAUUUCGAAUUUGAAAUUGAAAGGCCGUCGAACUCGAAUCCAAGCCCCGAACUUUUCGAUUGAGCUCGAGCCGGAGCAGUCCGGCAGUAUUCGACUCGGCAUUACACCCCUACAGUGGUCUAACAGAGAACCAUCGAUCCGAUGGCCAAUAUCAAGAGAUAUAUUGUUGAAGUUGAGCCGGGCAAGCCGGCGAUGGGACCGGUUUACCGGAGCACCUUCGGCGUCGAGCCUCAUAUUCCUGGAAUGGAGAGCUGCUGGGACAUUUUUCGCAUGUCGGUGGAAAAGUAUCCUGAUAAUCCAAUGCUUGGUCACCGUGAGAUUGUGGACGGGAAGCACGGAGAUUAUGUGUGGCUUACAUACAAACAAGUGUAUGACAUGGUGAUGAAAGUUGGGAAUGCCAUUCGCAGUUGUGGUGUUGAACAGGAGGAAGAUGCAGUAUAUAUGGUGCCAAUUCCGAGGGGUGGAUUAUUAGCAUGGAGGAAUAUGUUCUUGUAGAUUGAUUUUAUCAUAGAAAUUGUAACCAGUUCGUCUUUAAAAACCUUUCUAUUAUGAGUAAUUUACAUAUAUAUCCUUACCAAUAUCCAAAUUCUUAUCCUUAAAGCCAAUUUUUUGUGGCAGCUUCCAUUUGUGAUCAUUGAUACAAGAUGGCAUACUUAAAGAAGCCGAUCUUCUUAACACUAAA